AGAGUCAGGACGAAAUUCUUUACGCGGUGAUCUUUAUGUUGGUCUCCAAAGUCGAGACUGUAGAACAUUUAUAAGAACCGGAUCUAUUGAUAAGGAUCAUACGUAGCAAGAAUUGACUAGGACUGAAUUGAUGUUAUUUUGAAGUGAAAGUUGAAGUGACAUGAAUUUAUUAGGGAUAGCUAGGCUAGCUAGUAACAGGGACGAAUACAUGGGCCUCUAGGGGUGUUCCGGGACACCCUAAAAUUUGGGGAAACGAUUAUCUAACCUCCUGUAGUGGUUUCGUAUGGGUAUACAAAAUAUAAUUGGUAUUUCGGGACACCCUAACAUUUGAAAAAAUGAUUAUCCUACCCUCUAUAAUAGUUUGCUUAUGAUUAACAAAAUAUAAGUGGUAGUCCGUGUUAUUCCAACCUAGGACACUACUAUUAUCAAACAUAUUCUAAUUAUGUUGCUACUCAUUUGUUAUUCUAUUUUAAACAUAAUGCAACAGUAAAACGCUAUUUCUUUAUCCCCAACUAUUUUCAAUACCUAAUAAUUAAACUACGUACACGCUACCCUUAAAUUUGAAUUGAUUUUAUGGUUACACGACAAGUGUUGAACGAGCCUUUUCUACUUUGAGCUACAUUAAGAACAUGGUUAGAAAUCGAAUAUGUGAUAAGUUCGUGAAGUAUUGUCUAGUAGGAUAUGUAGAUUUUUUUUUUGAACAGUGCAGACACGGAGUUUAUUUAUAUUUUUUUCAAAAUAUGAAUUUUAAUUUAUUAUUUAAUAAAAAAUUUAUACAAAUUAUACAAGUAUGAUAUUUUUAAUAUGCGAAUUAUUUAAUUUAUUAUAUAAUUAAAUUUAAUUUUUGAAGAGGACACCCUGUGAAAAUUUUCUGAAUCCUCCACUGACUAGUAAUGUAUGAAGAUAUGAACUCCACAUAUCGGAAUGGCCGAAUGGGAGAUGGAGAAUUGAGGCCUAAAUUUUUUUUUUUCCUUUUAAAAUGUACCCAAUAAGCCUGGAAUCGAAAGGAACAUAUAGUAGAGCAUAUCAGAAAAGUUCCAAUCUAAGAACAAGAUACAAAGGAAUGAACCCUUGCAUGAUUAUCAUGAUUAGCCGGAAAUCUUGUAUCUCAGACUGUGCUCGACACAAGAUUUACUAAAUGUGGACCCUGUUGUGCUGAAGCGUCAAACUAUGUGUAUUUGUUUUUAAUUAGUUAGCCACAUGUGUAACUAUAAACAUGUAACAUAUAUAAUUAGUGAACCAGUUAGCGAGGCUUUUGCUGAUGAAGACUAUGCUGGAUGCAAGAAUACUAGGAGCUCUACCUCUGGAUGGUGUGUACGUGUAUGCAGAUCAUUUGUGCCUUGACGGUGUCAGAAGCAAGAUCGAGUGUAAAAGUCAUCUACAUAGGCAAAAUGUCGGUCUAUGUAUGAGAUGAUCUCUGUGAUGGGAUGGUUACAAUGUGGUUGCUUGGUGAGUUGGGCAGGUAUGUUUUCUUCUUGUGAGGAUAUGUGGUGAUAAUAUUAGUGCAGUACAAAUUGCUAUUAAUCAUGUAUUGCAUGAUGGAACGAAUCAUAUCGAGAUGCAUAUUCAUUUAAAUUUAACGGUUGAUUGUAGAGGGUACAAUACGUGUUGGAUAUUUAUCUAUAGAGGAUCAAACGACAUAUAUCAUGACUAAGGCAUUGGCUUCAAGUAAACAUUGGUUUAUCUCAUCCAAAUGGAAGUUACGCACCCACAUCAAUUUGAGGGAUGAUGUUGAAAUAUCAAACCUAUGUAACUUGUUUAUAAUUAGCCAAUCGCCUAUGUAACGAUUAAUAUGUAACCUGUAUCCAUGAAAAUCCUAACGCAGUAAAAAUUUACCUUGCAGAGUUAUCUAUCUCUCCUUUGGACUAGUACUGAUAAUCGUGGAAACCACGUUAAGUCCCUCUGUUCUUUAAUUUUUUAUAUGAAAAUUUAACAUGUCAAUCCGCCAAAUAUGAAUAUUUGAUUCGCCAGAUGUGGUUGAGUGUCUGGUUGUGAAAAGUUUUUUGAAUAGGAGGAUUAGGAUUUGAGAUUUGCAAUGUUGAGAGAAGUUGAAUUAUAAAUCAUUAGAUCUUAUACGAUUUGCUAACAAAACCAACCGAAGGAGCAAACUCAACCGAGUUUUCAAGAAUAACACUCACAUGCAUGGAAGGCAAAGUGAUGAGUGUUUGGUUGUGAAUUGUUUCAGGAUUUAUUUGGAUAGGAGGAUUGGAUUUGGUAUUUGGGACCUGGAAUUCCAAAUUCCAAAUAUGUUGUUUGGAUACUAAUUUGAAAUGGUAUUUGAAUUUGUACCAAAUAUAUGGGUGAAUUUGAAAUACAUAUCUAGAGCUUUCUUUGUGACUUUUAAAUACACAUCUAUAAUUAGUGAUUUGAAAUUCCUCUUGGCAAGAUAUUGGAACUUUUUGCAAAAUUUUAACAGCUUAGGUACUGCAGCGCAAUUUUAAGAAUAUAAACGUACUAAACAUAAUUUCACCACCAAAAUUUAUGGACCCGUUUGUAAAAAUAUAAAGUUUAGGUGCUAAUUUGUAUGAACAUUUAACUUGGGUACUACAUGUAAUUAUUCAAUAAAUUAUAAUGCAUCACCAAGAAACUCAAAAUAAAAUAAAAAAUAUGAAGAGCCAAAAAGUUCAAAAGAAACAAACACAGACGAGAUUACAAAUUAGAGAAGUUUAACUCCCAAGCGAGUGAAGGUGUCACCUUAAUCCAAAAUCUAGGUGUAAGCAUCACACUGGAAUCUCCUUAUCCACGUGGCGUGACAAGCGUCAAACUUGUUGCCCAAGUUUCCCCUAAAAUCUCAGUUCCUUCGAAUUUAAGCUCAUCUCCUGAUGCCGCAACCGCACUCAUAUCAUAAAAAACUGCUAGAGAGACAAAGUAACUGUCAUCUGUGACUGUGAGCGAGAGAGAAAAAAUGACGGCGGCGCUUCAUCCGUUCAAGGAGAAGAAGGGGAGCGUGUUUCCGAAACCGAGGAGGCUGGUCAAGACCAUGAUGCUUCAAGCCAUUCUCUCCUUGUUCCUCCCCUCAUCCUACUCCUCCUCUUCUUCAUUUCCUUUCUCGACUGGAUCUCGGGACGGCGGAAUUCAUGCCGGCGGCUGCUGUGGUGGCUGCCGCCGGGAGAGAUCGGACAAGGUCAGGGAUGUUAAUUUGUAGUUCAAUUAUUGGGAAUUAAUGUUGCUGUUGUUCACUCAUCUCCCUCUCUGUUACUGUGGCUCAGAAUUGAAGUGGGAAAUUUGUUCUGAUUUUCUAGUUGGUUAUAGUGUGAGUAGUGGAAGGAAAGACGAGAGAGUGGAUUCUCAUUUCGGCUGUGUUAUAUAGUGAAACCCCCCUUUUGGGUUGUGUUGUAAUAAGAAAGAAAAGUAGAAAUUGCGUUACUUUUGGUGGUGUUGGUACUAGUGUACGGACACUCUGUUUUUCCGUUUCCUCUUUGGUUGUCCAGAAAAAAACAGAGCAUGAUUGUGCAAAGGAAGUUUGUUGAUUGACAGUGCUGUCCAGUGGAAGCCAUUUUUAUGUAUAUAUUAUUUGUUCGUUCAAUGAUUAUAUCUCUGGUUGAAGGGGCUCUUUUUUCCCCUUUUCAAUAUCUGAUGCAUAUGUAUUGUGUUGAAGUAAUUGUUUGAUGCAGUAUGAAUCUUUCCAAUCGUGGCUGGGUUGUUUCUGUUAACUCCCUGUUUUGGCCAUCUGCCCAUAACCUCCUCUGUUCCGAUUUCUUCAUACGGGCAAGAUCUCUCCACUGUUUCUUUCUUUCUUUCUUUCUUUCUUUCGCCCAUUUCAUUGUGGAAGUCAAAUUAUUAUCUCUGUCUCUCUCCCAUGGAAUUGCUCUGACAAGUUGUCCCUUCCUCGACGUGCCAGUGCACUUUCAUUUUCAUCCCACAAUGGAUGGCAUAUCGUUGUUGAUGGUUUAGGGGCCACCAUAUGAACAAGUGUUAAGUACAUAACAGUUCAAUCCGAAGAGUUACGUAACAUUUUCAUAAUGACUAAGCACUUUGGAGGUUUAAUAUAAUUAAAUAAAAGAAACCUCCAUUAUGUAAGGUUUUUCGUAAUGAUACUUUACAAUUGUUAUGUAAAAUGCACAUCCAUAAUGUAAAGGUUACAGAAAGAUACUUAUUUCUUACGUAAUAGUUUAAUCAGAAGCGUUAUGUAAGAUUUCCGUAAUGACUUAUCACUUUACGUAACGCGAUGAUAAAAUUCAUUCAUUAUGUAAAAGGACAAUCCAUUACGUAAGACUUUCAUAAAUGACAUUUUACAACUGUUACGUAAAAUAAGCAUGAGUUAUGCAAUGACUGCUGUAUUUUAAGUAAUGCGACAUGUGAACCUUGCUAUAGUAGAUAAUAAUAUUCAAGUUACCUUACAUCAAUGCAUCAUAGGAAAUUCGCAUGUAACUAUAUUAUCAAAAAUCAUGGAGGGAGUGAAGAUGAUGAUUGACUUCGACACUCUUAUUGUUGGCUCAGCUUUCUCAGUCGCAACAUGUGGCAGUGAACCUAGCUGCCAUGCCAUGGUGCUAGGGUUUAAACGAGACAAAAGCAAGAUCCGGAAUUUCGGCAGAUGUUUUUUUUCCAUCUAUACGACGAAGUUAAUUGUAGAGAAACACAAGCUACUGUAACUAACGGCUAAUGAAAAACAUAAUUUUCACCAUGUAAGAAUGUAUUACUGACAUCCAUGAUCCAUCUUAUGCAAGUGUGAACUUUGCUUGGGGACAAUUCAAGUUCAAGUGUGGGGUUAUUUGAUGACACAUAAAAAUUACUCUUUUAGACUCACAUAUUAUUACCAGAACUUCAUAUUUUUUUAUAUGUUUAUCAUCAUAUAUGAUCAUUCAAAUUGUGAUUUAGUAGCGCUAAGGUUGAUUUCAUCAUUUUGCUGCACUCUUGGUAAUGUUUUGUGUGCUUUUAGGGAACAACAUCCUAGUGGACCAUGUUGUACGUGCUAGGGAACAUCAAGACUCGACUGCUUAGGGCCAGAAGAGGGAACAAAGAGAUUAUAGAAAAUGGUACUAUAUUUAGCAUCCCAAACUCCAAGCCGACACCUUGGCCUCCGUUUUUGGGCUCAUUCAUAAGAUACCAAUAACUUUUAAGAAUACGCAUUUCAUGGUGGCCAAGUUGGAAAAGGUUGAUUGGACUGGAUGAUGCAUUGAAUAAGCAAGCAUCCUCUCUCCCAAAAACCCUUGUAGAAAGUCUAUAACUAGAAUUCUAGGGGGAGGAGUUCGACUACAAGUGAUAAGAGACAUUAGUGGGUCAUUACUCUACUGACAAAGUGACUCACCCGACUUAAAGUGAAAUCGGCUAUCAAAAGCAAAUUGGCACCUGAAUUCCCAAAAUCUAUAUUAUGUGCGUAAGUGCGUUGAUUUAUGGAGUGACUUGGGAAUCUCAUUUCCACUGGUUUAUCCCUUAGAUCUCGUCCCCAAGGCCGACUAGUUCCAUUAUUUGUGUAGGUAGGCAAAUCCUGGAGGUUCUAGACUAUGUAAAGAUUGAUUUUGAAUUUUUGAUAUAUAUAUACUGGUUUUAUUCUUAUUCUUUCCUCUUUAUUCUUAUGUUUGGUUGAUUAUUGACUUGAUUGCGUGCUUAACAAGAGGACUGACUUUAACUGUCAUUAUCCUCAAACCCGGCUUUGUGGUUAGGAUUGGACUGGACACGACGUUCCUCCCAUGAUGGAUCCUCAAUUGAUCAAACUGCGUUGACUUCCUCAAUGGAAAAAGUCGCAGGCUCCAUAUCGUUGCCUACUUAACCUGACAUUUGUUUUAGCAUAUGGCCGGAGUACACCUAAAAACUGUCAAACAGUUCAUAUAUUGCCAAGAUCGACAGUAUAAAUCAAAGGAACUCUAGGGGGAGCAUGUCUAUGCUAUGCCUCGUUCUCUUGCUUCCUUCACCAGCUAGUAGUGUAGUUUUCCGUUGUUUCUUGCCAAUAAUUAUGAAAGUAUAAGAUAAAUUAUUUUUAUUAAUAUAUUUGAUAUUUUAUUAAUUUUUAAUGUCAACAUGGUAUCCACAUCAGCGAAGCAUGCUAAUUCACUUACGGUCAACAUUGUUGACCGUCUAAUAUAACGGAAAUUCAAGA